AUGCCGCAUCUGGACAGUUGCCUGGACACAUUCGGCGCUGUACCAAUCUUGCUCGCCUGCCUGAGAGCUGAUCUGAUUGUGGGGCACUGUGACCCAUGUGGAGUGCCACUGUUGAUGUUUGCUAUCAGUUUGAAGGGUGUUGCUCUACCAGUUGAGGCCGUUCCCAUGCGCCAUACGCGUGAUAGCUACACUGAGUCGUUCACGGUGGAUGAGGUUCUACCUACGAGCCAGACAGUUUGGCCUCCCCGGGCCUUUUUACAUACCCACUUUUGGGUACAGAAGAUCCAAGGAUGGACUCAUAACCCGCCACUGUCGAAUGGAUGUAGGAUCCGGCCACCUGCCCCCACUAAUACGAGGGGACGCUUGAUGAGCAACAUCCGGGAAGACGAAGAGAUCCGAACUGGGGCUACGACAGUCGUCGUUUUUUUCGCGAGAGGGAAGUAG